GUGACUUAAGAGGAGGUGGGUCAGUACUUUGAGAUAGUCUGAGAUGCUAAGGUUUGACCCGCAAAGUGUCUGCCUGUUAACCGCUACCGCUGGGAACUGGGUAGGCGGGGUGAGAUGGAUACAUGUCUCCAUAGAAUACCUAUUUCUGUCCCAACAUGACAUGAAAGUUUUGGGGACAGGAGGCUGUCCGAACACGGGCUCUCCGGCUUGGGCAGGGUAACGGUUCUGAUCAGGCCAUUAGAACCGGGAGCGGCAAACGAGGAGAGCGUUGUUUCUCAGGAGGAGAUGAGUUGCACCGCGAACAAACAGCCCUUUCUCUACUCCGUACCGUCAUAGCUACACUACGUUGCCAGACAGCGCAGGCAAACUAUAGUAGAGGACCUCUACGGAGGCAGUUGACCACAGCGAUGACGAUCGCGCGUGUUCUGACGGAAAGCCGGCGAAUCGCGGGGUCAUUCGCCUCUGAGCUAAACCUCAGCCGAGGGGCUUGAACGGCGGAGUUGUAGAGAGCACUAGGGAUGAUGCACUGAUCAGCGUCGACCGAGUUAUUAAUAGUUAAGGUUCGUCGGCAUGAUGGAGGGCCAAGGCUGGUGGCGUUGGGUUCGGGUAAACUACCGUAGAAUCUCUCUCUGGACGGUCCCAAC